CUCUUCCAAGGGGUGGAGUCUGAAGAGGUAGUCACCAUUUAACAGGAGAGGAGAGGUGUGCCGCUGACAGAGAGAAACAGAGAGAGGGAAUCAGCAGAAGAGGGAGGACUGCUAAACACACUGGGAUUGAGAAUACACACAGUCAAAGGAUGUUCAAGAAGAAGGAGUCUUACAGCCCUGCUAAGAUUAGCCAGGAUCAGGUCGGUGAGCUGACUUUCCUGAUAGCACGCAUGCAGAGGAAUGCUGACCAGGUGGAAAAAAACAUCUUGCAGGCUGAAACUCUCCUGGCCUCCGACAAGCAGAAUGAGCAGAAGAAGCUGCCCCUCCGGCACCAGAAGGAGGCCGCAGACAACCUGGCCGAGGCAGAGGGGCUGCUGAGGGACCUGUUCCUGGACGUGGACAAAUCCAAGAAGCUCCACCACCCACAGGGUCAUGAGAUUGAGACAGAUGUCAGCAAUCUCCAUGACCGCUGGUUUAAGGACUGUGCGGACUAUCGCGAUCUGUAUGAGCAGGUGGAUGAUGUGAACCGCAAGCAGCGCUUUGACUGGGGCCAGGGGCUUGCUGAGAAACAGAAACAAGUGGAUUCAGAUGAAUAUGGCCCCAACCUGUCAGAUGUGGAGAAGCAGAUCGCCUCCCACAACAUCCUGCACAAGGAGAUAGAGAGCUACAGGUCCCAGCUGAGGACCAGCACACCUGGUGUAAAGGAGGAUUUUGAAGCCAUUCAAAGGCAGUAUUCAAAGCUGCUGGAGAGCUCCCUAGCCCGCCGGAACAACCUGGCCACCCUGUAUGAGUACAUGAGUGGCUGCAACAAGGAACUGGUGUACCUGAGCGAGCAGCAGGACAGAAUUGCCAGCAGAGAUUGGAGCGACCGCAUGGUGGAUGCUCCUAGUGUGCGUAUGGACUAUGAGAGAUUCAAAAACAGUGGACUGUUAACGCAUGAAAGUGAGGUCACCAGACUCCAGGAAGAGGGGGACAACCUUGUUGACAUUGCCCACCCAGCUAGCUCAAUGAUUAAGUCUCUUAACGAUGAGGUCCAAAGUGAGUGGCAGAGUUUCCUCAACCUCUGCAUUUGCCAAGAGACACAUCUGGACAAUGUUGAGGAUUAUAAGAGGUAUCAACUGGACAUGGAAACCUUCUCUGAGUCCCUGAAGAGGAUCAACUCCACCAUGGACCCCACAUUGCUUGAGAACAUGAGUAACCUUGAGAAGCAGAUGCACAUAGAGGGAGAGGAGAGGGCGGUUGAGAGGAAUGAGCAGCGUUUGGCUGACCUGAAAGAGCUCAGCACCACUAUUGCCCCACUCCCACUCCGCCGCACCCACCCCACCAAACCAGCCACUGUGGUGGCCCUGUGUGACUGGACCACUGGCAAGACAUCAGUGCAGAGAGGGGACAGGUUCACCAUGAAGUCCAAUGACAACGAUGAGACAUGGGAGGUUCAAACCAGCAGUGGUCAGACCAAGGCACUGCCUUCUGCCUGCUUACUGAUCUUGCCUCCAGACAAGGAUGCCAUUGCAAGGGUGGAGAGUUUGGGUGCACAGCUUGAGGACCUCAAGAGGAGGAGAGCUGCUCUGCUGACCCCAGUGAAGCCCAAGGCCGCCAGUGUUCGUCUGGAGAGCCCACAGGACAAGCCACAGGACAAGCCACAGGCCAAAGAGCUCUCGUCCCGCUUGGACAAGGUCAGUGACGACCUUGUAAAGGCAGAGAAGGACAUCCUCAAUCGUGUCAGAGCCCCACUGGACCGCAAGAACCCCACACGUGAUCUGUCCAACCGAAUUGAUGCUCAUGAGAAAACUGCCUUGGUGCUGAAUCACCUGGAGGCAGAGAAGGCAUCUGUUCAGAGGGACAUGAAACCCCUCGUGUCCCAAACACCCCUGGGUCCUAUCACAUCAACACUACCUACAAAACUGAGUGCAGCCAAUAACAAGAUCGACAACAUUUCUGCUCUUUCUGACAGCUACAAGAAGAAGGCCAAUGCAACCAUGUUCUUGGAGAAUCAGAUUAAGAAGGUGGACACCAUGAUAUCUGGAUUUGAGCAACAACUUGUCAAGAAUGACGUAAUUCCUGAUGAACCCAAUGCCAUCCAGACAAGUACCCAACAGCUUCAGACUCUCCGUCAAGUUGUAGCCUCCAAGAAUGAUGAUAUGCUUAAGCUGGGCCGAGACUUUGAGACCACAGCACAGCUGUGUAGUUCCAUGCAGAAAAGCUUCCAUGAAUAUUGUCCAGACAUUCGCCGUCAAGAGGCAGAGGUCAAACGCCUAAAGAACCGCUAUGCCAACAUCAACAAUCAGCUGAAGGAGAGGUCCCCUCAGCUACAGGACAUAGCCAAUAAGAACCAGGACUUCCAGACCACUGUCAAAUCUGUGAAUGCCUUCUUGAUAAACAUGCCCAAUAACAAGUUACAGCCAUACGACAGUCUUGCUCAAAUUAAUGCCAAACAGAACUCUCAGAAGAGGGUGGUGGAGGACAUCAAGAGGAAAUCAGAUGAUGUGGAUCGUGUAGUAGUUCUGUCCGGAGAUCUGCAGAAACUCCUGAAUGAGUAUAACGGAAACUCUCAAAAGUACCACAACACUUUGAAUAUCUCAGAGGACCUAGAUGAAGACAGCUCUGACUCCUCUGACCUAAUUGACUCUGUGCAGCAAAAGGAAAGGAACAUCCUAAAUCUCUACUCUGAAGUGUCAGCAGAGAAUGAUCAGCUGCUCAACCAAAUGUCUCUGGCCAAAAACAUCAUCAAUAAGAAUGAUGAGGUUGUGAGCCAGGUUGUAGUGAAACAGCAGAUGCAGCUGCAGAGCCAGCAGAGGAGCCUGGAGGAGGUGGAUGGCCUCAAGAGAGACCUUGGGGAUGAGGUCAGCAGACGCUCUCAUGCUGAGAAUGAUCUGGAGAUAUACAAGAAGAGACUACAAUCUCUCAGGAGCAGAAGAGGGGUGGAACGUCUGGAGGAGAAGGAGAUUGUGCAGUACUACCGUGACCCCAAGCUGGAGAGGGACUUGGAGACUCUCAAGAGAAAGAUUGAGGACGAGUCUGGGAGGCGCACAGGAACCCACACAGAGAUUGAAGUUAGCAAGCAAAAAAUUGUUCGCCUGGAACGUGAGCUGGCAAGUAUCGAACCCAAAAUGGUGACUAAGGUUGUCACUGAAUUUGAAAGAGACCCUCAGCUGGACAAGGAGGCUGAAAAAAUGAGACAGGAGAUGCGCAGACUGAGAGAGGAGGUGACGGUUCGGCAGACUGAGAGAGUGCAGCUGCAGACCGUAAUCACAACCUUAGAGCACAAGAGACCAACCAUAAGGGAGAAGGUGGUGAAGAAGGAGGUGGUUAAACUGGAAAAAGAUCCAGUCAUGCUGAAAGCUGUUUACACUUUUCAGAAUGAAAUUGCUGAUGAACAACUUAGGAGCAAGGGCUUAAAUGAUGAUAUAUUUCAGACAAGGAGCAAGAUUAACACACUAGAGAGGAUCAUUCCCACAGUGCAGCCUAAAAUAAUAAUCAAGGAAGUGAAGAAGGUGGAGCAGGACCCUGAGCUCCUCACUGAAUCCAAAAGGCUUCACUCUAGCCUAAAUGAAGAAAUGAAGGAAACCAACAACCUGCUGAAGGAGCUCGCAAGUCUCAGACUCCACUAUGGCCAAGUACAGAAACUAAAACCAAAGAUGGAGGUCAAAGAGAUUGUCAAUGAGAUCUACAGAGUGGACCCUGAGACUGAGGUGGAACUGAAACGUUUGAAGAGAGAGCUGCAGCAGUUAGGUCGCCGUCGCACUGAUGUGGAGAGGGAGACAGAGAUAGUCACAGCAGAAGUGGAUGCACUACGUAGUCAGAAGCCCAAAGUGGAGUAUAAAGAGGUGACCCAGGAAGUGAUCAAAGAAGAGAGGAGCCCCGACACAGUCAGGGAGAUGCAAAGGCUGAAUGAGCAGCUCUCACUCUUGAGGAGCACAUAUGAAAGCACCCAGGAUAAAGUCUAUCGUUACCGCAAAGAAAGAGAUGAACUGAAGGCAGAAAAAUCAAAGGUGGAAACUCUGCUUGUGAACAAAGAAGUAAUCAAGUAUGAGAACGACCCUCUAGUAGAGAAAGAAGCUGAUAGACUGAGGAGAGAUGUUCGUGAAGAAACCAAACAACGGCGCAAUGUGGAAGAAGCAGUAUAUGACCUGCAGAAUAAAUACCUCUUGCUUGAGAGGCAAAAGCCAGAAGAAAAGAUUGUGGUUCAGGAGGUGGUACGUCUUGAAAGGGACCCCAGACAAAUCCUGGAACAUGACAGGCUUAACAGAAAUAUGGAUGAUGAAGUGAAAGCCCGCAGGAAGCUGGACUUGGAGGUGAAACAGCUGAGAGCCUUAGUUCAAGAAAAGGAGAAGAACCUGUCGGAGAUGGAUGACAGACAGAAGAAGGUCAUAGUGGAGACUGAGCUAAGACAGAUCAAAUCUCGCAUUCGGGAGCUUGAAAACGCCCCACCACCUAUUGAAGAAAGAAUUGUGAUAGAGGAGGUUCUUAAAGUGGAACGUGACCCCAAACUGGAAAAUCUGACUGACGGCUUGCGUAAUGAUAUGGAAAAUGAAGAAAACAAUGUCUCCCGCCUAGAAAGAGACAUCAGAAACUUAAAGAUUAAGUUGGAAAUCUUGAGAAAAGAGAAAUCAGUGGAAAAGACUGUAUACAAAGAAGUGAUAAGAGUGGAGAAAGACCAAGUUGUUGAGGCUAAGAGAGACAAUCUCAGAGAGCAAGUGUUACAGGUGAGGAAUGCAAGACGUGAUCUGGAGGAUGAAAUACAGCGUCUUGACACCAGACUGACCCGACUGCAUACAUCAAAGACAACCACAUCUCACGAAGAAACUAAUCUGACCCUAAAUAAAGAUGCCCUGCAGCAGGAGAAGAAUAAUCUCUUGGAGGAACUGGGGAAAAUGGAGUCUGAGAGACAGACCAUAUCUGUUACCUUCCAGCAGCAGUCAAAAUUACUCAGUGAGAGGAACCAGCUGAACAGGCAAAAGGGCAUAAAAAUGGAAUCUGAAGUGCAGCGUCUGGAGAGGGACAUCUUGGAUGAAAAGGACAAAAUCCAUAAGAGGGACAUUACAAUCAUGGAGCUACAAAAUGAUGUGAAGAAUGAGGAUCACAAUGAGACUCAUACAAGAGAAACCAAUGUUUCCACUAAAAUCACAAUCCUUGACCCCGAGACUGGAAAAGACAUGUCACCAUACGAUGCCUACGUGGAGGGACUGAUUGAUCGAAAUCAGUACAUUCAUCUCCAAGAACUUGAGUGUAACUGGGAAGAGAUCACAACGGAGGGGCCUGAUGGAGAUACCUCUGUUCUACAGGACCGCAAAAGUGGCAAGCAGUAUUCCAUCACAGAUGCACUGAGGGAUGGGAGAUUGACCCAGUAUGACCUACAGUGCUACAAGGAAGGCAAAAUGUCUAUAUCUGAGUUUGCACUUUUAGUAGCAGGAGGGAAGAAGCCUAAACCCUUUAUCAGUGCUCUGUCUUCCUCCACACCUAAUCUAAGUUCCAUCAAUCCAGGUCCCACCAGCCCGUCCAGCCGCUCCCCUUACAGCUCCAGCAGCUUAUACAACAAGUCUUAUUCGAAUGGAAGUCUCAACAGCCUACUGACCACCCCCAGUGGUGAUGAAAACUUCCCCAUCUCUGGUGUCUUGGAUGCCACUACAGGUAGCCGCAUGUCAGUGCGCAGCGCCUUGACUCGUAAACUCAUUGACCUAGACACAGCUCAAAAGCUGCUGGAGGCUCAGGCAGCCACUGGAGGAAUUGUGGACCUCAACAAGAAGGACCGGUACUCUGUUCAUAAGGCGGCACAGUAUGGCCUCAUUGAUAAAAGUCAGGUGCAUCAGCUGCUCAACGCCCAAAAGGCCUUUACUGGCGUGGAAGAUCCUGUGACCAAGAACCGUCUCUCUGUGGGCCAGGCUGCUCAGAAAGGUUGGAUUCCUUCAGAAAACGCCAUGUGGUAUAUGGAAACACAGUACCUUACAGGGGGUCUAGUGAACCCAAACAAGGCUGGUCGUCUUACUGUCCAAGAAGCAAUUGACACUGAUGUCAUUGAUCAGUUUACAGCAAAAGAGCUUCAGGACGAGGCAUCGCACCUAAAGCUUUUGGUGGACCCCAUAACGAAGGAAAAAAUCACCUUUAAGGAAGCAAUUGCUCGUUGCCAGAAGGAUCACACCACUGGACUCCUACUCCUACCGGCUGCAUCGGCCGAUGCAGGAAGUGCUCCUUCUUAUUCAAACUAUAAUUUCUAAUUUAGGUGUAGCUUAUACAGAUACACUUUCCAGAUUUGCCAGCAGCAAGAAUGCAAAUCUAGGUGAUGAUAACCUAAGCAUUGACACAAGGUUUUUCUGUUAAGUGUUAAGUCAGUACAGUCUUUAAACCUUUUCUUAGAAUGAAAUGACAUAAACUAACUGUGAUUCGCAGAACUGGUAACUGUGUUGGGCUCUCUAACUGUCUCCAUGUAGUGUCCAGUUAGUUAUCUGAAAUAAAUAUAUCUCUGGAUUUUUCUUACCUUUUUCUGUCUUACUGUGAUUUUCUUUCAGUGUUAUUUUUGGUUGUAACUGCUUGAAAUAUAUUAAAUAAUAAAUAAUUAUUAACAAUUCAUGUCAAAUGCCUGCU